AUGAGUCUCGCGGCGCAGGCCGAUAAUGAUCUUUUCAACCGCAACGUGUUAGACUUUGGCUCAUACGAGGAGUACCUCGACCAGCAGGUGACGCCGGAGGAUCUCUUCUACCUCGGCAACCAGGACGCCGCCCGGCAAAUUGUGGAGCUUGGCUACAAGGGCAAAGACUUCCUCAGCCGUGAGGAGUUUGAGGCGGCAUGUCAACUCGCCCUGGAGGGACCGUCAAGGCGCGAAGAGACGGUGGAUGUCAUCUGCAGUGCGGGGAAAAAGUUAGAUGAUGCCCCGUUGCUUAGUGCAUUGGCGAAGCGUGAAGAACUUGUACGGAAUGGAAAAUUAUCGACCAUCAUUUUCCUCCGUGAUAUUGUGCGAGGGCAGGAGGUAUCGGCGUACAUUGACUACGGUCAUCGAUUAAAAACAGAAGACUUUACAGAAUACUUUACAAAACGCAAGAAACUUACACCAAAACGAACAGAUUUGAGUUAUUAUAACUGGAAAACACAUACUCUUUUUUACAACAACAGUUUUACCUUUCAAGUACUUGCGGAUAAUGAAAUGGGACUUCUUAUGAAACAUAAGCGGGAUAGAAAGACAAUUAAUGUUGACCCUAAAGCACCGACACCAGGAGAUAAUAGCAAUCGUACCGUUAUUCAAACUUCAGAUUAUGUACAAGUUACAAUAUACGAUCAUGUAACACGUCGUAAGAAUUAA